UGCAAGGAUCUGCAGAAGAACAAACAGAAACCAGUGAGACACCCGCAAAAGAGUGAUCACCAAGCACUCAAAUAGCUUCCUGCCAUCAAUGGCGUGCAUCAAUACCUUCCAAAGUUGCUCCAUUAUCAGAGGGGCAAAGAUCAACACAAGAAAUAAGAGCAGUGAUGGAAAGGGACCACCGACCUUUCAGUGCAGGGCGUCGACCUUCGUGGACGGCAGCCUCAGGCUUGAACUUGACGAGAACCCGGAAGCGAUCAUCUCCGGCGAGUGGCCAGAGAACUUCUCCCUUCUGAGCUACGAUGAUCUCCGUGCCUACCUUGAGUCACAACAGGAAAUCCAAGUAGGCAAUCAGCAUGUGGCACUCUUGCUUGAGGCCAUGUCAGCACCUGUACUAGUGGCCACAGCAGAGCAAACGUUGGAGGAGGUUGAAUGCCACUUCGAGGCCGUGUCAGGUUUUCCAGUUGUAGACAGCAGCCUCAGAUGUGUUGGGGUGGUCGUCAAGAAUGACCGGGCCAGAGCUUCUCAUGGGUCAAAAACGAAGAUUGCAGAAGUCAUGACCUCACCAGCCAUCACACUAUCAUCUCACAAAACAGUGAUGGAUGCUGCGGCUCUGAUGCUUAAGAAGAAGAUCCACAGAUUACCAAUUGUAAAUCAGGAUAAUCAAGUAAUAGGUAUAGUUACCCGUGCUGAUGUUCUUCGCGAGUUGGAAGGCCUGCUGAAGAAUUAGAGGUGCAGCAGGUCAUGCUUGGAAGCUCCUGUGUAUAUGUAAAUGUGUCCAUGGUGCUUUUGAGUAGCAAGCAGAUCAAUACUCUGUAAGAGUGAGCUCUAGCAUCCGCAAAAAUAAGCCAGGAAGAUUUGAGAGCUUUUCCUUAUAAAAGAAGCACGCCAGGAAACUUCUGCUC